AUGGUCUCGGGUGGCAACCGCUACCGCUUCGGGGCAACUUUUGACGAUGUGGUGCAAGAAUGCCACAGUGAGCCCCGUUGGUACGAGUUGAACUGGAAGGCCUACCGGAAUGUCAAGACGGCGUACGUUGUGACAGCCGUUGGCUCAUUUCUGCUGAUGUUCGUCUUUGGCGCCCUCUGCAUGAAGGUGCACAACAGCUGUCUUGUUGUGGACAGUGGUGGUCGCUGUUGCCAGUGCCUCAGCGUGCGGGAAACCUCUCCUGUGGAAUACCGACAGGGCAUCCCGCGUGAGGGCAUGUAUAACGACGUGUACUACGGCGCGGUCAUCAUGAUGGGCGCGUGUUUCGGUCUUAUCUACGUGUACGUUGCCAUCUCACAGGAGAACCGCUUUCUGUUUUUCUGUAUAGCGGUAACGCAAGCUACUGAGGUGCUGCGCAGUGCGCUCGAUGAGGUUCAUGUGCCGCCAGAGUACGACGCACAGCGCACGGCUCGCCGGAUUCUUCUUGGACUCGCUGGUUUGCUGAUGAUAAUCUCCUGGUUCCUCGUACGACCCGUGUACAAGAUGUUCGGUUGGCGCAUAUUCCGUCGCGGUGGUGCCAGACGUGUGGUGCGGGAUAUGUACAAGACAUACCAGCGCUACCGGGUCUGCAACCUACUGGACAUUCAAGCCUCCAUUUUAUUGUUCCUUGUGCUUGUGUUCUUUGUGCAAAGUGCAAGUGAGGAUGGAUACUGGGUGUUGAUAGUUGUACUUCUCUGCGAGUUGACGGCCUCGCGCUACGCAGCGAAGUACCUGAAGCGGGAGGACCACGGCGGUGUUGUCGUUUCCGCCUUCUGCAAGUUGGUGGCGGUGGUGUGGUGGACCAUGGCACUCGCCGAGUAUGCCGGCUGCUGGCGGCGGNCGCCACGAGCGGCUGGUGGCUCGGCGCCUACUUCCCGAGCCUCGUGUCGGUGGCCGAGUCCUACGCCGGCGGGGAGUGCCUUGCGCACCACACCGCUUUCGACAGUCGUGUGGUAG